AUGGAGCCUUUUACUUCAGAGGAAAUAAAGGCUGCGAUUUUUAGCAUUGAUGACAGUAAAUCUCCUGGUCUGGAUGGUUUUCCCUCGGGUUUUUUCAAAACUUUGUGGGUUUCGGUGGGUUCUUCGGUUAUUGCGGCGAUUCGACAUUUCUUCUCUCAUGGUUAUAUGUUGAAGGAUUGGAACCGUACAUUCUUGACUUUACUUCCAAAGGUAGAUAAUCCGGAAUUUAUCUCUCAGUUCCGUCCUAUUGGGUUGUGCAACGUGAUUUACAAGUACGUAGCAAAAUGUCUGACUGGACGUCUUCGCUCAGUUAUGCCAAGUUUGGUGGCUGAUUUUCAGAAUGCUUUUUUCCCAGGCCGUCUUCUUUCGGAUAAUGCGUUGAUUGCUUAUGAGGUUAUCUCGAACAGGUCAAAGGCAAAGAAGAGAUUCUUCGCAGCAAUAAAAUUGGACAUGAAUAAGGCUUAUGAUAGGGUUAAUUGGGAUUUCUUGUUUCGUCUGCUCCAGGCCUAUGGGUUCCCUCCGUAUUGGAUCCACAUUAUUCGUCAGUGUGUGUCUACGGUUUCUUAUCAAGUCUUGGUUAAUGGGAAUCCUCUCCAGACGUUUCAACCUGAGUGUGGUCAGGUGAUUAAUUUGCAGAAAUCUUUUGUUAAAUUCAGUCCUAAUACUCCUACAGACUAUAGGGACUUCCUUGCUCGAAGUCUUAAACUACAGUGUAAGUCGUCCUUGGGUUCUUACCUAGGUCUGCUUGUGGAUUUGGGGCGAGGUAAAGUCUCUGAGUUUAGCUAUCUUAUAGACAAGGUUGUUCAGCGCCUGUCUGGUUUAGCUUCCAUGGGUCUCUCCUCUGCGGCGAAACUGGUUAUUAUAAACUCGGUCAUGGUUGCUUCCUUCAAUCAUGUGCUUUCUGUGUUUCAUGUCCCUUCGUCGAUUUGUUCGAAAGUGGAUAAUUUGUUGGCUCGCUUCUGGUGGAAGUCGGAUCAACAUUCUCGAGGACUUGCUUUACGUUCUAAAUCCCUGUUACAUCUCCCUAAGGGUAUGGGUGGUCUGGGUAUUCGUAGUCUUAGUUCGUUCAAUUCUGUUUUGUUGGCUCGUCAGUGUUGGCGUAUUCAUCAUCACCCCCAACUUCUUAUCUCUAGGCUUCUAACAACUAAGUAUCCUUCUCUUCGUCUUUUCCAAACAAGGAGGAUUCCUGGAGCCUCGUGGGGUUGUCAAGGACUAUUGAAAGGUCUGUCUGUCUUAUCUGAAGGUUUAGCCUGUAAGGUUGGUUCGGGGUCUAGGGUUCGUAUCCUUGAGGAUUCUUGGGUUCCUGGAGAUCCUAUCUCUUUCCGAGAUAAUGGUGAGGCAUUUGUUCCGUCUCAUGUUUCUUAUAUCAUCAAUCCGCGUUCUUACGCGUGGGAUUUAUCUAUGGUCCAUCAGCUGUUUGAUUCUUCUAUUGCUAGUCGUAUCCUGGGCUUGGAACGCCCUAGUAGGCCGAUGGAUGACUUUGUGUACUGGAAAUUUUCAAAGGAUGGGAAUUUUACUACUAAGUGA